UUAGAAAUUUAAUUAUCAUAAAUGCCUCUUGCAAACUUAAAGAAUAGCAGGCAUGGGUUUUGUAAGGUAGCUUUGUAAGCAAUGUUGUGGAAUAAGGUAUUUAUAAAAUGAAUAUUUACUGGAAUUGUUAAAACUAAAUAACUGCAAAAAAUUCUUGUUUUGCUUGGUCAAAUAUUCUUUGUUUAAUAAUUAACACAUAAAAGGUAAAAAGGUAUUACAUAACAAUGGAAGGUAACAUGACGUUUCGCUCCUAUUGACGUUUCGCAACAAGACUAUUCACCCUGAAAGACCUUUCGUGCUGAGACAUUUCACACCUACAUUAUAUAUAACGAUAUAUAUUCUGAUGUUUUAAAAUAAAUAUAUAUAUAUAUAUGUCGAUUAAUAUUAACUUUACUAAAACACUGUCAAAAAAUGAUUAUUGUUACAAAUUCAUUAAAAACUUAAACAUUCAAUGCAUAAAACAAUUGUCCACACGAUGAUGUAUAUUCAUGUAAGUAUGUUUAUUAAUUUAGCAAUCAUCAUUGAGUGUCUGAUUAAUUUUCUAAUUAUAGUGUUAAAACUAAUGUGGUCUCUCCAUAUCAAGUUAAGGAGGAGAAACUUUAAUUAUGAGAUGGGUGUUAAUUACAUGUAUGAGAACUAGUGGUUACAUGUAUGGGAAGAUCCAUUUUCCAUUAUCAUCAAUUGACUUUUGAAGUUAAAAGAUUGACUACCUACAGAUAUACUUAUUUAGCAAUCAGUAUAAGGUGUCUGCAUGAUUAAGUAAUUUCUAUUUAAUUACCGUCAGGUGUAGACUCUUCAUGACAAGCUAAGAGGGGAUUUAUAUAUAGAAUAAGAGACGGGUGUUAUUAAUUAUGAAAGCCAAUAGAUACAUAUUGGAAUAAUAAUAAUACAAACAGGACAAAAUACAAAUUAUAUUGAUAACUAAUAUUAAACUUUAAUACUGUAUUAAUUUACUGUUACCACAUAUUUAUACAAUGUAAAACAUGUAGGAGUAAAACGUCCCAGCCUACUGGUCUUUCUGGGCGAACAGUAGUAGUAUAUUGUACUAUACCAUUCUUAAACUAAACUAUUUGAUAUUUCUUACAGCGAUUGCUCGUACAGUAUUAACAACAGCUAUGGUAUAAUAAUGUCUAUUUGUUAAACAUUUUGAUCAAGUCAACGAGAACGCACGGUUGACAUUUUUCGAGGAAAUUCCGACUGGUUUUAGGAAUGAUUUUUUGGGUUUUCAUGUUGUGAAAGAAAAGUAGACAGUACUGCUUCUACAGAAAAGUUUCCUAUUUUCUCUGGGCUAUUUCUAAGUAUGUAACUUAAUUGGAUGCCUCUUUGUGAUGCAAUCAUGCAGUGUUAAAGUAUUGAUUUAUUUCUGAUUGGAUGUGCAUAUGUAUAUAAUAUUAUAUAUAUACGAGGUCAAUCAAAAAAUACGAAGACUUUUGUCAUAGCUAUGUUAAUUAACGUCAUAUCAUUACUAAAUUUGGAAGACAUAAUUUAGCAAUAGUUUCAAACAAUUUGCAAGAAAAAAAGUUAAUAAAUUCCUUUAUUUCUAAGAAUUAUUUAGAAUCAAAUCCUGCAAAAAUGAGGUCACGGCGCACGGUCAACAUUUGUGUUAUGUCAACAAUAAACCAUAUAAUGUUGAAAGUAAUAUCUAUAUAAAUUGGGCUUAAAACCAAAUAAUAUUGAAACCUCACAUUAAGUAUAGUCAUGGAAUUCAAUGUUCCAAAUAAUGACAGGAUAUUUUGUUUUGUCGAACAGAUAUUUGUAACUAAAGACAGGUAGUCCUCUUUAGAAUUGACCAAAAACAUCGACGUCGCCGGACGUCACGGCACAACAAAAAGUACAAACAAAAUGGAUUUAACCCAGGAAAAAGCCGAUACAAGUUGUGAAAAUCCUCAAUGGUGCAAAAAAUAAGUCAACAAUUAUUUGCAGUGGAACUCUCAACACCAAAAUGGGCGCUAGUCCUAUUUGACUGGGAUGGAUGUACGGCUUGUGUUGAAACAAAUCGCUUUGGGAACCAUCACUUAAAUGUGGGCAGUCAGGCAGAUUUGUCCUAUGAUGGAAAGAUUCACCUUGUGGAAGUUUUGGCACUUGAGGACACUGAAUAUGACCUUGGCAUUAAAGACAAAGCUUGGGGUAGAGGAGUGAGAGCUAAAUCCAUUGCCGCUACAAGGGAUGCUAGAGAGUUAUGUAGAAGAGGAAAGUUUGGUGGAUUUCUGAACAUCAAAGAAGACAGUGAAAGUGAAGAGGAGGAUUCAGAAGUAUUUAAGAGAAGGAUGUCAAGUAAACCUUGCCAGAAGCAAAGAAAACAGCCAAAGGAUCAACCAAGAGUGGUUCUAUCAAGAUUGACUGAAAAUCAUCAUGGAUUGCCAUCAAGAGAACUGGACAGAAACACAACUGGAGUUCUACAGAAGAAAGCAAAGAAACAGACUGAGCAAAUGGAUUUUCAACCCUUUGAUGUAGAGGCUGAUGGUAGAUCACUGAGGAUUCUUUUCCAAGGUGCAGGGGAAACGAGAAAGGAAGCAGCAGUGCCAAACAGGACGCCGUGCUUCACAGCAGACCUCACAAGCGACCAGGUAGACAUCAUAGAACAAUUGGUGGAAAACAACGAGGAAAAUAAAUCGAGCUGUGGAUCACAAACCGAGUCAGUUCUCGUCUUAAGCAACGAAAAAGAACUACGGUCAGCGUGUGAGAAGGCCAGAAAUGUGAAACUUUCCAGAUCCAAAAUGAAUGUGUGGUGUACACCCUUUGUGAAAGAAAUUCAAUGCUGCCAAAAACUUAGUUACAUUCAGAGGACCCAGGCGGAAACCAACCUGAAACUGAACAGAAUCCUGGAACUAAUUGACACACCACCACAGGAGAUAAGCGGCCUCAGUGAAUGUCUCAGGCAGCUCCAGACCCCAAGACCAACAUCAGUUCCGGCUAAUGAGGUUGCUCAGGAAACCCAACAAAAGAGGCAGCCACUCAGUGCUAUUCAGUUGUUUGAGAGAGAAAACUGCCAGGGAGAUCCUACCCCAGCUGACCUGUUUCCUGACAGACCAGAAGAAGCUGAGGAGGAAUAUAGUGACCAAUCCAUGCCAGCUAGACUGACUGACCUGGAUGAAAAUUCCAUCCCCUCUUCUCUGGACUUUGCAGUGACAAACAACUCUAUCUUGUUAUCCUGCCCUGCAAACGCCACCAUCAUUGACGUCAAGUCUCCGAAAGAUAUAGUCCCAGGAAACUGUGAAUUUGUCAUCAACAAGGAAGUUCAACAGUUAGCUAGGGCUACCGCAUGCUCCGCCGGGAAUUUCCUUUGGUCAAUGACCAAACUUCUGUUUAGUGAAGAAGAAAUGAUGACCAAAAUGAAUUUCAAUGGGAAAAAGGGAAAGGCAAAGAUGUCACCGAGACGACGCCACAGCCUUGUACACUUGUACGUAGACAACUAUGACAGACGCGCAGAUGGAUUCAAGCAGGCCAUUAACUCUGUGAACAAUGGACUACUUGCAGUGUAUAAAAAGAAAAACAAGGACUGAAGGAGCAGUGACUUGGCUGUAACAACAAUCAAUGAAACUUUCAUUUUUUGAAAUUUCAAAUUCAUCUUAUUUCAUGUCCAUUGUUUCAUGGUUUAUGUAUAAUUUAUUCAAAUGUUUUCAUACUUUGUCAUGUUACAUGUAUAUAAACUCUGUUAGGUAGAUGAGAUUUAUUAUGCUUACAUGAAAACCUAUCUUAUUUAAUUCCUGUUUACCUCAAAUUACAUGUUACUUUUUAAAGUGGUAUUUAGUUUAUUUUUUGAUUUUAGGGAAUGAUAAUGUGAUGAUUAGCAUUAUCUUAUAGUUAAAGUGAUUUUUGGUUGUGCACCAGAGCAUUUAACAUGCAACAUGUGCAUGCAUUUUGAACGUCUUUAUAAUGGACAUACUUGAUAUCACAUAUGACCUUGUGAGAUGCAAUUUCAAUGGGAGUCAAUAAAACAAUA